AUGCUGAGAAGAUUACUGACGCAAACAUCCUCUCGCCGUUUUCUCACUUCCGGGAGUCCUUCCUUCUCAAAAUCCUCUCUUUCACCGAUUUCCUCAUUGUCCUCUUCGGCGGAGCCACCUUACUCGGGGAGUAGCACCGUUGAAAAUGUCGAAGAGGCAGGUGCCGCCGCCGGAACAACCAUCUCCGUCGACCGUUCUGCUCUAUUCAGUCCUCCUGAUCACUCUCAUGAACCCACACCGGAUUCUGAGCUCGUCAAGCACCUCAAGAGCAUUAUCAAAUUUCGGGGUGGCCCAAUCUCAGUGGCGGAAUAUAUGGAGGAGGUCUUGACUAAUCCCAAAGCAGGAUUCUACAUGAAUCGUGAUGUAUUUGGAGCUCAAGGUGAUUUCAUUACUUCUCCAGAAGUUAGCCAGAUGUUUGGCGAGAUGAUCGGUGUUUGGGCUGUGUGUCUUUGGGAGCAAAUGGGAAGGCCAGAGAGAGUCAAUCUCAUUGAGCUAGGUCCAGGUCGAGGAACACUCAUGGUCGAUCUCCUUCGUGGUACAUCAAAGUUUAGAAAUUUCACGGAUUCAUUGCAUAUACACUUGGUGGAAUGUAGUCCUGCAUUGCAGAAGCUUCAGCACCAGAACCUGAAAUGCACAGAUGAAAGUAGUUCAGAGAAGAAAGCUAUAAGUUCACUAGCUGGGACACCUGUGCACUGGCACGCUACUCUUGAAGAGGUACCAUCAGGAGUACCAACAAUAAUCAUAGCUCAUGAGUUUUAUGAUGCUCUCCCAGUUCAUCAGUUUCAGAAAUCUCCUCGUGGCUGGUGUGAGAAAAUGGUUGAUGUAGGACAAGAUUCACAGUUCCGGUUUGUUCUAUCACCGCAGCCUACACCUGCAGCCUUGUAUCUCGUGAAACGUUGCGCGUGGGCUAAACCUGAGGAAAGGGAGAAACUUGAGCAUGUAGAGAUCAGCCCAAAAUCAAUGGAUUUGACCCAAGAAAUGGCUAAGAGAAUAGGCUCUGACGGAGGUGGAGCACUUAUAAUCGAUUACGGGAUGGAUGGAAUCAUUUCAGACAGUCUUCAGGCUAUUAGAAAACACAAGUUUGUCAACAUACUGGAUGAUCCCGGGUCUGCAGAUCUAAGUGCUUAUGUCGAUUUCCCUUCAUUAAAACACUCAGCUGAGGAAGCUUCAGAAAACGUCUCAGUCCAUGGACCUAUGACUCAGUCUCAGUUCCUGGGUUCGCUUGGAAUAAACUUCAGAGUUGAUGCGCUGCUGCAGAACUGCGACGAUGAGCAAGCUGAGUCCUUGAGGUCAGGAUACUGGCGGCUUGUUGGUGAUGGUGAAGCACCUUUCUGGGAAGGACCCGAUGAACAGACGCCGAUCGGAAUGGGCACGAGGUAUCUUGCAAUGGCUAUUGUCAACCGAAACCAUGGCGUUCCAGCUCCAUUCCAGUAA